AUCCGACAAAAUGUUCCGACAUUGAUGUUUACAUCGAGUGAAGUUUAACCACCGCCUAAUGUAGAAAAUCACAACAUUCCAGCUGUCAGUGUGCGUACUUCGCCGAGCCAUGCGGUUUGUUGUUCUUCUCGUAAAAAACAGAACAGCGUAUUGAUUUGUCUUUCGUUAACAAAUAGUUAUUAUCAACAGCAAAAUGUCGUUGUUUAAAGCUGGCCGAAAGCAACAUGAAAAGUUUAAUCGUAAGCGCUCAAAGAGCGGACCGAAAGUUAGCAUCGUACCGAGCAAAACAUCCCGGCGAAACGACGAUGAUGAAGAUAUCGAUAGUGACGAAGAGUUAGAGAAAGAGCAAAAUAAGCAAGCCGAAAUUGACGAUGAAGUGGCAGCGCUUGAAACCACACAGGACAAGCGCAUCCGUUUGGCCAAGCAGUAUUUGCGACAAGUGCAGGAAGAGGAACAAGAGCGGGAUGAUUACGCAGAUGAGAGUGAUCUUGCUAGCGGCAUGGCCCGUACACUCAAACAUUCUUUCCUUAGUGCAACGGGCAAAAUUCACCGAACACUCGGUGGCAAAUACACUGGCUUCGAGCUGGACAAAGCUGUAUCAUUUCACUGGAAAAAGCAACGUCUAUCCCCGACCUGCUGUGUCCUGUCCGCAGACGAUGCGUUUCUGUAUGUUGGUUGCAAGAGUGGCUGGGUCGUUCGUUGGGACGUAAAAUCGAAACAACGCACAUCGUACUUUCAGGCCCCAAAAAACUCAAUACAAUCGAUUACUGUGUCGCACGACAUGAAGUAUCUGGUGGUGGCGGACGGGACGGAAGAGAUCAAGGUGCUUGAUGGCAUUAGCUUGGUACUACAAAACACCCUAAAAGGACAUUCGAACACCGUCACGGGAGUUGUGUUUCGGCUAAACUCAUAUGAACUGUUCUCGUGCAGUGCUGACCGAACCGUGAAGGUGUGGAGUUUGGACGAGAUGGUGUACAUCGAGACACUGUACGGGCAUCAGAGCCAGAUCUCAGGCAUUGAUGCGCUAACGCUGGAACGUAUCGUUACGUCGGGUGGCAUGGAUCAAUCGUUACGCAUCUGGAAGGUGGCAGAAGAAUCGCAGCUUGUGUUCAAUUCAAUCGCAGAAGACUUCUCCGCGGUAAAGUUUGUUAGUAAUGAUCUUUUCGUGUCCGGCUCAGUGGAGGGUUCGUUUUCGCUGUGGAGUAGCGGGAAAAAGAAACCCCUACAUCAUAUUAAGCUGGCUCAUGGGCAACAGGACGCUGGUCAUCCGAAUUGGAUUAGUGCGGUGGGUGUAUUGUCCAACUCGGACAUUGUUGCGUCCGGUUCUUGCGAUGGGACCGUUCGUGUUUGGAAGCUUACUAACAAACGAAAUACAAUUCAUCCACUGCUACAAAUUCCAGUCGCAGGGUUCGUGAAUGCAAUCGAAUUUACUAGCGACGGUCAAUUUUUGGUUGUGGCCGUUGGACAGGAACAUCGGCUAGGACGCUGGUGGACGCUAAAAAACACCAAGAAUCAUGUUCUAUUGAUUCCAUUGUCUAUCGAAUUAUAAAGCUAUGCAAUAAAAAGGUUUUUCGGGAUGAAUUCCACAUGAAAUUAUCGUUGAAUAUUAUUCUACAUGUAGUAGGUACCAAAGGAAAAAAGGGGUUUAAAGCAUUAUACAAGUCAAUACUGCCAUUCUUUCAUGAACAGCAAACAUAAGGAAAAGAUUUUUUUUGAAC